CUGACAAGUGACAAGUGACAAAUGACAUAUUAACUACCUACAUCUCUAACAUUUUAAUUUGUUUUAAAAUUGUGUUGUGAUAGAUAUCAUUCAAUUUCACAACAGUAAUGUAAAUAUCACCGCCAAAUCUCAUUGAUAUUGGACUUAACAACAAUAUGCCUUACCAUACAUAUUACAAAGUUUAUAUAGCUGAUGGUUUUAAAGACGAUUGUGAAGAGUUGAUACAAAAAUGUUCACAGUUAGAUACAUUGAAUUUCUACACUUUCACGGAAGUCUGGAAAGAAAUGAACUUUCCCUGUAUUUAUCAGGGAAGACAAUCUGGUGCAGAAAUAGCUGAGUUAUCAGAAGAGGUGGUUUAUGUAGCUAAAGAAUUUAUGCUAGCAAACACUAGCAAUUUUAAGGAAAUCAAAUCCGGUCUGUAUCUAGUUUACGCACUUCUAACUCAACAACCAUAUACAAACUUUGCCUGGCUCCGUUUAACUGCAGAUGAUAUUUGCGCCGUAAAGCGCAUAGAGACAGUGGCAAGGCGGGAAAAACAAUAUGACGUGUUGUAUAUAUUGGGAACUGUUUUGAUCAAACAUACUCAAUAUCAUGGGACGGAGCGAGAGAGGGGAUUUGAGAGUACAAUACGGAAAUACUUGGAGGGGUGUACAAGUCUUGACAAACAUGGUCUCCGACCCAAGGGUGUGUUCUAUCAGCAGAAUGACGAAUUAGACAUGAUCAAGGAAUUGGGGAUUAUAUCGCGGAGGUAUGCGCAAGUCAGGAAUACAGUGACUGAUAAUAUGUGCAAAUUCGGGCCCAGCAUAAAGUACAUAAAUGAAAACUUAGCUACAGAAUUGCAUAAUUCCCUGAAGAAUGUCAUGAAUGGCUUUGAUGAUGUAGAAAGAAGUUCAUCAGAGCACUAUGAUGCGGUCCGAUCUAUAAAACAAAAAGCCAUGGUCACGAGUGUAAACCCGAUGGCGCACCUUAUUUCAGCCGAGGAAAGGAAAGCAAAGAAAAGCCCCCAAAAGAAGAGCGAUAUAAAAUCGAAAGCGGGAAAAAUCAAAACUUGCAGUCCAUCAAAAACAAUCACAUCAUCUCCCUUGAAACGGAAAGCAAUGCAAGUCAAUGAAGCCAAAGUGAAAAAAUCUAAACGCUUCUUUACGGAGUCUCACAAUCCGCACGUCGAAUUAGAUUUAAAAGCAUUUGACAAGGCGACUAGAAGAUUGCAUGAAGACAGUGAUAGUUCAAGCGAAAAUGACGAUGAUAUUGCUUCUGAAGAUGAUACGGGUGAUGAAGAUUCUGACGCAUCUGAUGAUGCCAAGUUGAGUCAUGUUCGAGAUUCGUUCCCAGCGAUUGCUCAUACAAAAGUCGGCGAACAGGAGGAUUGUGAAAUAGAAAUACUUGAUUAUGCAGCUAAUGAUCAAGUACCAGUGGAAAAGGCUAUAUCAAAUAUGCUUCAAGCUUCAGGAAGUGCGGAAACUAAUGACAAAAAUAGCAAAGGUGCCAAUGUUAAGACAGAAACUAAGUUACAGAAGAAACGAACCAAACUUAAGUUAGUAUAAAAAAUGUAAUCAUACAUACAUAUAGAAUACCAUAAGCAUAAAGUGAUUAAAAUAAGCUUUACAUAAUAUAAUAAAAAU